AUGACCAGUCUGCAAAUCCAGCAAUAUGCCAAGUACAUCGGCCCCACCGACGAGCACGAUUAUGCCCUCCUCGACCUCCGCCUCUACGACGACGACCACGACGAAGCCGUCGCCGAGCAAGGCACCUUCCGCAAAGUCGGCCCGUCCGAGUUCUUCCACCAGUUUGCCGACGCUGACCAGCCCAACCAAUCCCAAGAUCUGCGUGACGUCGACCAGAUCGAGAGCAUUGUAGCACCCCACGGCUCCGCCCUCAUUCGCCUCUACUUCCGCAUCGUUCAUCCCAGCUUCCCUAUCCUGCAGAAGGACUUGUACCUCGAGCGCUACGCCCGCUCAUACCGUGUCUUCUCCCCUCCCCUCCUUGCCGCUGUCUACAUUCUCGCACUGAAUUGGUGGUCAUACUCCCCCGAACUCCGCGGCCACGUCAAACCCGACAUCACCCUCCUCGAAGACAUUGCCUUUCGCUCUCUGCAAGAAACCUCCCAGCGCCCAAAAGUCUCUACCGUCCAAGCGGGUUUGCUUCUACUGCAGCGUCCCGGCAGCAUAAGCUCGUGGCAACUCACCUGCCAGAUCGUCGCCAUCGGCCAAGAUCUAGGCCUCCAUCUCGACUGUUCCUCCUGGCGUAUUCCCGUCUGGGAGCGUGCCCUCCGUAAGCGGCUUGCGUGGGCCCUGUUCAAUCAAGACACCUGGUCUGCUCUCAUCUAUGCCCGCCCACCACACAUCGCUCUGAGCAACUGGGCCGUGCAGCCUGUGUCCUCCGAAGACUUUCCUGACGAUGCCGUUGGCGAGGAGGAAGACAUUGUCGCCGAAGUGGAGAAGGGCCGUACUCUUUUCAAUGAGCUCAUCUCCCUCUCCAAAAUGCUCAGCUCCAUCCUUGAACAGCUGUACUCAUUACAAGCCGAAUUAGACAUCACACAUUCCUACGACCCGACCAAGGCCGUGCUCGAGCGCGCCAAGCCAAUUCAGGUGCGCCUGAAGACGUGGUGGUCAGAACUCCCCGAAAACCUGCGGAUGGAUGCCACCCGCUCUGGUGUCUUGUCUUCAGUCGGCUACCUGCAUCUCGCAUACUUCGCCACCGAGAUCACCCUGCACCGCCGUAUUCUGCGCUCGUUGAGUCCUUCGACAGAUCCGUACCUCAUUCAGAUCUGCCGAUCCGCCGCAAAGGCCCGCCUCAUCAGCGCAAUGGACUUCUUCAAUCGUCUCAAACCCGAACACCUGCAAAGCUUCUGGUAUUUCUGCAGCAAGUUCAACUUUGCCCUCAUCGGUACCUUUGCCGGCUUGUGUUUCGUCACCUCCGUCUCGCAGGACGAGGCCGAGUUCUAUCAGCGGCGCCUGAUGGAGUAUCGAUGGACGCUGCGGGUCAGCAACAAGAGUGCAGAGUUCUUGGAGAUUGCGAGCGGCAUCUUGGAGAGUGCAGUCGGUAGUCUGCUGAAGGCGGCCGAGGGCAUCGAGAGCCGGAAAGUAGACUUUCCCAUGCUGGGCAGUGGAGGUGGUACCGGCGGCGACGGAGCUUGGGACCUCGAAGGUGAGCUGAGUAGCCUUGACGACACUGAUAUGGAGGGGAGGUAG